AUGAAGCAGCCCAAAGGGGCGGCGAACACCGUGUUCUACGGGCAGCAGCCGGAGGAGAAGGUCCAGCCUCCGUCCUGGAAGGAGUUCAAGCAGAUCCCCAUACUCCUGGCUAACCUCAAAGGUCCCAGCCCCGCCAAGUACCUGCAGCCGUCCUGCACUGGCUACAUCGGCCAUGACUGCACCAUGUUCCAGGAGCCCGUGUUCACCAUACAUGGUUUGCACACUGACAAACGAAUCAGAGACGUGUGCAGCCCAGGACCUCACUGCUAUUACCCGGAUCCCAAAGUCACCCGGUGCGGAGUGUGCAGCUGUCCCCAGGUCCGGAUGGAGGAGCGCAUCUGUAACCCGCGAGUGGCCCCCAACCUGGGACCCGGCCACUACAGCCCUGAGAAGGUGCCACCCCCCCUGGAGCGCACAGCCCCCCAGUUCACGUUUGGGUACAGAUGGCCCUACCGUGUGAUGGACCCUAACCCGGCCCCCAACCGGUACGACCUGCCCACUUGCCUCGGGCCGGGCAGCCCGGUGUUCCGCACGGCCCCCUGCUUCAGCCUGGCCUCCCGGCUCAACAACUGGUUCUAUAAGGAGAACAUGGCGGGCGGCCCGGGCCCGGCCACCUACCCCCGGCCCUCGCCAGCGACCAGUCAGAGCCGGGGCCCGGCCUACAGCAUGGGCCAACGCUGCUCCUACCCCGUGGACCACACGCCGCGGCCCGGGCCUGGCGCCCACGACGCGCACAAAGUGACCGUGCACAAGCCACGCGCGCCCGCCUUCUCCAUGACCAGCAGACACACCGCUCACCUGUGCCCGCUCAUCACCGACAUCCGGGACUGA